AGUGAACCUUGCUCCAUGACGUCCAUGUUCCAUUGUAAAUUUGUUCUCAAUUAUUAAAAACUCAACAAAAUCAAUUUACCAAAAUCAAUUUACCAAAGUGGCAAAGUUGCUUUGACUUCCAUUCAAAUAAUUUGUUGGUUCAAAAUCAUCAGGCUAACAAACCCCAACAAAGUUAGUAGAAUAAACCUCUUCCCUCCCACAUUCCCUCCCUCCUUCCUGGGGUCCCUCAUUUUCUCUCUCAUCCUCUUCAAUGGCAAUUGCGACAGAAAAGAACACCGUAUGGGAAACUGUAGUAGCCCUUACGAAGGUCGCCCAACAAAAGGGCACUGACCCUUUUUUGUGGGCGAUACAAAUUUCCUCAAAUUUAAGCUGUGCAGGUGUUUCUUUGCCUUCUAUAGAACUUUCACAUACUAUGGUGUCCUACAUUUUGUGGGACAAUAACGUCCCUUCUGCGUGGAAGUUUCUAGAAAGGGCCCUUAUGUUGAACAUGGUUCCUCCUUUGCUUGUUCUUGCUCUCCUUUCUACUAGGGUCAUUCCAUGCCGACAUUCUCAACCCACUGGAUAUAGGCUCUACAUGGAACUUUUGAAGAGACAUGCUUUUAAGUUGAAGUCUCAGAUCAGUGUGCCUGCUUUUGGAAAAGUCAUGAUGUCAAUUGAUCACGUUCUUUGUCUUUCUCAGAUAUUUGAUUCACGAGCAAGUGAACCAGAUAUUCUUUUGGUUGAAUUUGUGUUUACAAUUGUGUGGCAGCUGCUUGAUGCACUGUUAGAUGAUGAGGGGUUACUGGAACUUACCACAGAGAAGAAAUCUCUCUGGGCAAUUACUACUCGAGAGAUGGAUAUUGACCCUUAUGAUAAUUACGACGAGAAGAAGUUCGAACAACUUGACAGAUUGAAAAGAAUGAAUACUGAGAUGGCCGUUGAGAUUAUCGGACAAUUUUUUCAAAAUGGAGUUACUUCUAGAAUGAUUUUCUUGGUACGCCAUAACAUGCCGAAACAAUGGUCAGCCUUUACUGAGAGAUUAGAGUUGCUUGCAACAAACUCAUCAACAUUAAAGAAUCCAGAGAUUUUAAGUCCCAAAAUGCUUUCAAAACUGACUUCUGAUGCUCGUAAAGUAUCAUCCUGGGAGUACAAAAAGUCUGGGGAAGUGUUUUCUGCUGAAUCGGCUUUCAGGUCUAUGGUUUUUCCUGCUCAAUGUCAAGAGACUUAUCAUUCGGGUUUGUGGCUUCCACUUGAUGUAGUUCUGGAGGAUAUGAUGGAUGGAUCUCAAGUUACAGCAACAAGUGCGGUUGAGAUUAUUACUGGUUUGGUGAAGUCCCUUCAAGCGAUUAACAAUACCACUUGGCAUGAUACCUUUCUAGCCUUGUGGAUUGGUGCUCUCCGCUUUGUUCAGAGGGAAAGGGAUCCAAUGGAGGGGCCAGUUCCUCGCCUUGAUACCCGAAUGUGCGUUUUGUUGUCUAUCACUCCUCUAGUGGUUGCUGAUCUCAUAGAGGAAGAGGAAAAUCCACUUGAUGAAUCAGAUAAUUGGAAAGAAAGACAUGAGCCGUACACACGUCGCAAAAGUUUGGUUUCCUGCUUGCAGAUACUUGGCGAUUUCCAGUCCUUGCUGUCCCCACCUCAAUCUAUUGUUUCUUCUGCCAAUUUGGCUGCUGCAAGAGCAAUGAUGUUUGUUGCAGGCAUUGAUGUUGCUGAUGGAUACUUUGAGUGCAUUAACGUGAAUGAUCUACCAAUUAAUUGUACUGGGAACAUGCGCCACUUAAUUAUUGAAGCUUGCAUAGCCAGGAAUUUACUUGAUACGUCAGCAUAUUUUUGGCCAGGCUAUGUGAAUGGUCAAAUAAAUCAGUUUCCCAGUCGUAUUCCUUCGCAAGUGCCUGGCUGGUCAUCAUUAGUGCAGGGAGUUUCACUUAGACCUGUGAUGAUCAAUUCUAUGGUCGCUGCUCCUGCUUCAAGUUUAGCAGAGCUGGAGAAAAUAUUUGAGCUUGCAGUGAGUGGAUCAGAGGAUGAGAAGAUUUAUGCAGCCACAAUUCUUUGCGGGGCAUCCUUAAUUCGGGGCUGGAAUGUGCAGGAGCAUAUUGUGUCAUUUAUAACUAGGUUACUGUCUCCACCCGUUCCUGCUGAUUUUGUGGGGGAUGACAGCCAUCUUAUAGCAUAUGCUCCAAUGCUUUUUGUGCUUUUGAUUGGAAUAGCACCACUUGACUGUGUCCAGAUCUUCUCGUUGCAUGGCUUGGUACCGCAACUUGCUGCAUCAUUAAUGACAAUCUGUGAAGUUUUUGGAUCUUGUGUGCCUAAUGUUUCAUGGACAGUCAACGGGGAAGAAAUUUCUGCUCAUGCUGUUUUUUCCAAUGCUUUUGCUCUCCUUUUGAAGCUUUGGCGAUUCAAUCAUCCGCCUCUUGACUAUGGUGUGGGGGAUGUGCCUCCCGUCGUGUCUCAACUUACUCCGGAGUACCUCUUAUUAGUACGGAACUCUCUCCUUGCAUCUUCAGGAAAUAUUCUCAAGGACCAUAACAAAAGAAGACUUUCAGCUAUUGUUGGUGCAUCAUGCCCUAAACCAAUAUUUGUCGAUUCAUUUCCAAAAUUGAAAGUCUGGUAUCGUCAGCACCAAGCAUGCAUUGCCGCACCUCUAUCUGGUCUAAUUUCUGAAAGUCCAGUGCAUCAGAUUGUUGAGGUGCUUCUAAAUAUGAUUUUCAGAAAGAUCAGCAGAGGAGUUAAGGCUUCUGCAACCUCUGGAAGUAGUAGUUCUUCUGGGCCUGCUAGUGAAGAUAGCUCUUUAAGACCCCAGAUGCCUGCUUGGGAUAUUCUGGAAGCUGUUCCCUAUGUUGUUGAUGCAGCCUUAAGUGCAUGUGCUCAUGGACAGGUCACUCCUCGUGAGCUAGCCACAGGGCUUAAAGAUCUUGCCGAUUUUCUUCCUGCAUCUUUGGCGACAAUAGUGAGUUACUUCUCUGCUGAAGUGACACGGGGAAUAUGGAAACCUGCUCUUAUGAAUGGAACAGAUUGGCCAAGCCCUGCUGCAAAUCUAUCCAAUGUAGAGGAACAGAUCAAGAAAAUACUUGCUGCAACCGGGGUUGACGUUCCCAGCCUUGCUGCAGUAAGCUCUCCAGCUACCCUUCCUCUGCCGUUGGCUGCAUUUUUGAGCCUCACUAUAACCUAUAAACUUGACAAAGUAUCGCAGCGUUUCCUGAAUCUUGCGGGACCAGCCCUGGAGUCCCUGGCAGCUGACUGUCCAUGGCCAUGCAUGCCUAUUGUGGCUUCUUUGUGGACACAAAAGGCAAAGCGGUGGAGUGAUUUCCUUGUGUUCUCGGCAUCACGUACGGUCUUUCUCCAUGACAACAAUGCCGUGGUUCAGCUUUUCCGGAGUUGCUUCAGCAGCACACUUGGGCUGAGCACAAACCCUAGUACAAGCAGAGGUGGGGUUGCUGCCCUUCUUGGGCAUGGAUUUGGGUCUCAUUUGAAUGGGGGGAUAUCUCCUGUUGCCCCAGGAAUCCUUUACUUGCGUGUAUAUCGUUCAGUUAGAGAGAUUAUGUAUAUGGCAGAGGAAAUAAUCUCUCUUUUAAUGCAGUCUGUUAGAGAGAUAGUAGGUGCUGGGACAUUUAAGCAAACAAGAAAGAAACUUAAAACUGGACCAUUAUAUGGGCAGGUCUCAGUUGAUGCAGCAAUGACCAAAGUGAAACUUGCAGCUUCACUUGCUGCAACACUAUUGUGGUUAUCUGGGGGACAGAGUUUGGUUCAGUGUCUACUAAAAGAAACUCUACCUUCUUGGUUCAUAUCUGUUCAGAGAUGUGCACUAGAAGAAGAAGAAGAAUCAGAAGAAAUAGUUUCAGCAUUUAGAGGUUAUGCUUUGGCAUAUUUUGCAGUCUUGUGUGUAGCCUUUGCUUGGGGUGUUGACUCGUCAUCAGCAGCAUCUAAAAGACGUCCUAUAAUUCUGGGGCAUUACUUGGAAUUUAUAGCGAGUGCUUUAGAUGGUAAGAUCUCACUGGGUUGUGAUUCAGUUGUUUGGCAGGCUUAUGUAUCGAGGUUCAUAAGCUUGAUGGUAGGGUGUACACCAAAUUGGGUGGUGGAAAUGGACGUGAAUGUAUUAAUUAGAUUGAGCAAAGGACUGGUGCAGUGGAAUGAGGAGGACAUUGCUUUUGCAUUGCUUACGACUGGUGGGAUGAAUACAAUGGGUGCAGCUGCAAAGCUCAUAGUAGAAAGUGAGAAAUGACAGCAUCUCCUCUUUUUUGUUUAUCUGCACCUGAUAAUAGAAUUGUGGCCUUACUAAUUUCUAGAAUUGUACAUGAGUUUCACAUAGGAUAUAGGGCAGUCAGCAUGUUUACUCAAAUUGAGAUUAAACGGCUAAUCUUUGUACCAUAGCCAUAGGUGAUAGGUGUCCUUUCUUAAUCUUCUUUAGGGCUAUUUUUUUUAUCCUUUCCUUUGGGGGUGGAUUUUUGAGUAUACAAUGUAAGAUUCAGGGCUGAUAUUGCUCAAUGUAUGAAGGGGCUUAUGCCUUUUAAUCCGGA